GUCGUGACAGAACCGUGACAGAACCGUGAUAGAACCGUGACAGAGCCGUGCCAGAACCUUUAGAGGGCACAUACAGGGGCGGUGCUGAGAGAAGAAGAUGGCUCGUCCUAUCCCUCCUCCCAUGCCCUGCCCGGUCCAGCUCGGCAGUGUGACUGGUGACUCGCUGGAAGCUCAGCUGCACGAGUAUGUGAGGCAGGGGAAUUACGAGAAAGUGAAAAAGAUCCUGAAAAAAGGUGUUUUUGUCGAUGCAGUAAAUUCCAUGGGACAAACACCUCUCUUCAUUGCUGCCUUGCUGGGUCUUGGAAAAAUAGUGGACGUGCUCUUGGAUAAUGGCUCAGACCCUAAUCACCGCUGUUACGAUGGGAGCACCCCAGUGCAUGCAGCUGCCUUCUCAGGAAAUCAGUGCAUCCUUAGCAGGAUCCUGGAUGAAGGAGGGGAUCUGAGGCUGCACAGUAAAGAGGGAAAAAGCCCUCAGUGCUGGGCCAUGUCAGCUGGAAAAGAAAGCAGUGCUCAGAUGCUGGAGUUCAUACAGCGUUGUAGGUUCCACAUGCAGGCUGCCAUUCAAAAUUUUCCUUCUGAUCUACUGGGCAGGGUUGGCUCAUCAAAAAUGCUGGUCUACAGUCCAACCAGGUUUGGUGGCCUUGUUCAAGGAAAUGUUGGCAGUCCUCUGAGAAGAUUUCUGAAAGGUGAAGUAAACGCAGCCAAGAACAUUUACAGCUUGGGUUUUGGCAAGUUUUGUCUUGCAGGUGGUGGGCAUCUUGGGUAUGUGACCUCUCUCCCUAUUACUGGGGAAAAAGAUGUGGUUCAGGCAGAUGAUGAGCCAAUGUUUUCUUACCCUGUUGGACCAUACAUGAUCAUGAGAAACUUAAUGUGGGGUGGCAGCAGAGUUACAGUGAAGGAACUCAGCUUUAAGCCCCAUCAGCACUCUCGUAAACUGCACUUCGCUGAUCUUCUCCUUGCAGAGCAGGAACACAGUGGUCAACUCCGUCACGCUCGUUUGCUGCAGUUGGUGUCUGUCUGUCUGUCAAGUGACCUGGAGAAAACCCGUUUAAUAUAUGAAAGGGUUCACUUUGGUUCCCUGUACAGCAUCCUUCAUGAGAGGAGAACAGAAUUCCCAGUGCUGCACACGGAGGUGAUUUUGGGUGUGCUGCUGCAAAUCUUGGAUGCUCUGCGUUUCCUGCACUACCGGGGCUUUAUCCACCGUUCACUUUCCUCCUAUGCCAUCCAGAUUGUUUCUGCUGCUGAGGCAAAACUCUGCAACUUGGAAUACAUGAUAGAGAGCAAAGAUGGUGGAGAACACAGUGAUCUGACACAUAUUCCUGUCCCAGUCCAGCUGUAUAAGUGGUGCUCUCCUGAAGUAAUCCUUGAAAAAAUGGUUACAGAGAAAUCAGAUCUUUACAGCUUCUGUGCAGUAGUGCAGGAGGCCUUGACAGAGACCCCUCCAUGGACAGGUUUUGAAGACUCUGUUAUUAAAACCCUCGUAGUUUCAGGAAAAGAGCUGGAAGCAGAUGUCAGGCUUCCUCUGCCCUAUUAUGAUAUUGUGAAGUCAGGACUGGAACCAAAGCAGAAGAAUCGCUCCAUGGAACUUCAGGAUAUUCAGUAUAUAAUGAAGAAUGACUUAAAGGACUUAACUGGGUCUCCAACUGGUCAUGCUAACGAGAUGUCAAAAGCACAAAGACUCACUGUGUUUGCAGAUAGGAACAUUGGUUUGGCAUCAGCUUUUAGCUGUGAGCAGAGAACACAGGAACUGCAAGGAAAAGAGGUAGCUGAGCCUGACAGCUCUUCUUCCCCAAGGGACUCUCUUUUUCAUGAGGAGGAGGAUCCUUUAGUGGACCAAGGGGCACCAACCAAUCAACAGCCAAUUACACAGGACAAAAAUAGUGAUGUAGCCUCUGAACUGGAAACACUCUUCAGUGCCAGUGAUGCAGAUGACAGCCUCAGGAGCUUUGAAGCCAAUGAAAUCUUUGUCAGCUAUCCAGAACUUGACAAAGACUUCCUGGAAGAAGCAGGUGGAUUAAGUCAAACUCAACAGGAUGAAAAAAAGCAGCAAAAGGAAGAAGAUAAAGCUUCCCACAGAAAAAUGUAUGAAUUUGUGCACUGUGAGGACAGCCCAGGUUCUGAGGAAAGUGGCUCUUCAGAAUCGAGCACUGAGUACACUUCAGAAGAGCUGGAGAGUAUAAGUGAGGCCUCUGACCUAUGUGUGGUGGCACAGGUGAGAGAAGAUUCUAGAAAAAGAGUGAGUAGUGUGUCCAAAACUGAUCAGUACAUUGGCAAAUGUUUUCUGGAAUUAAAGAUCAUGCAAAGCAUGGUGCAGCAGGCAGCAGAUUCCCUGCGCAGAACAGAGGAGAAAAUGGACAAUUUAGAGGCCUCUGAGAAACAAAAGAAGCUGCUCCAGGAAAACGGAAUGAAUCAGCAUUCUAAGCAGAUUUCUCAAGAAGGACACUGGAGCAGAUCUGAGGAGACUUCCCAGGAUAUCAAUAAAGUUUUUCCUGGAGUUAAUACUUUUUUAUGGAAAGCUGUGGGUCCACCAUCAAGUGUCUAUAUUCCACCAAAGGUAACCCAGGCACAAGGAGCAUUGUGUGGAGACAGAGGCCAAGCUCUUUCAAAGACAGUAAAAGAAAUUGAGGUAAUUCAGAUUGAAAGAUGGAAGUGCUUUCAUGAGGUAGGUAAGAGGAAGAUGGAAUCGGAUCAUGAUCUUAGCUUCAGUUUGGUGAAAAUCUUGGAUGAUCAAAUGAGUCUGGAGCAUGAGCAUUCCCUCCCACAUGAAUCUGUAAGAAGGAAAAAAAAGUUCAACUUGCAGUGUCAGAGAGGAGGUGAUUCACAUUCUGCAGCAAGUGGAAGUGAAGAAGAGGGGUGGUGCUAUCAAAAACCCAGAUCUAAAAUUCACAGUAGCAAAAUAAGUGAGGAGAGAAGGAUGAUGCAAUCAGACUGGAGGACUGAAGUAAAAGAAAUGGCCAGAAGAGUGGCCUUAGGACAGCUGAAACUCAGCUCUCCAUCUCCAGCCAGUGAAUAUCCAUCUGAAAGUCAAACAGAGAGUGUAGAGGAAGCCUUUCAACAUGUCACUCUUAGAGCCCUAAAAAGUCAAGACCAACAAAGAUGUAGGUGGCAGACAGGGGAUAAUGUUGAGAACUGGGAUCUGAGCAGUGAGGAUAGAGCUGAAUCUGAGGAGGGUGAUCUGGAGCUUGCAUCAAGUUUUGCAGGGGAAAAUUCACCAUCACAAGAUGAGCAAGCAGAGCCUGGACAAGUUGAGAAUCUCUCUAGAGGGCAGUCAAGGGAAUUCCAGUAUUCCUGUAAUUCAUCUCGUGUGUCUGAAGAAUUCUUCACUCCUGAUCCUGAUUAUGUCUUUCCUCCUGCUACUUGGGGAAGUUCAGAAGUAGAGAAACAGGUACCUGAGGAUGCAGGAUCAGGUAUUAAGGUUUCAGGAGGAAAAACACCAUUCUGCAGCACAGCAGCACAGAACUCUGGCAGGAACACAUUAGGAGUGAAUCAACUUAGCCAUAUGCCUGUAGCCAGUGUUGGAGCAGCACAAGAAGAGAUACUGUGGGAGGAACAGGAGGCAUGCAAAGGGAAAGAGUUAUCAGUGAUAGAUAUUCAGGAUUUAUCAAGUAUCCCCUCUGAGCAAGAGAUGCACAGCAAGGACAUGGAUUGUAAAACUCCCAGAGCCAGUCAUGCACCCACCAGCAUCAGCACCCCCAUCAGCUCAGUUGCUUCAUCUUUGAGAAGCCCCAGGAAGGCCUCAGCACUCUCACAGGCAUCUAACCACUUCAUUGAUGAGCUGCCUUCACCAGCCCAAGAGCUGCUGGAUGAAAUUGAGAAGAGGCACUUCACCCAGAGCAUUCCUGAUCAAAUGAAGAUGGAAGACAGACAGUUGGAGAAAGAAUCUAGUUUAUGGAGUAAUGAGACAUUUACUCUAGCAGAGGAAACAGAAAGGGCUCACUCUAGUCUUGAUGAUAUUUUAGAAAGAUUGGUCCAUGAAAUUCCAGGAGAUGCUGAGACCCAAGAGCAACCUCAGGGACACAUUCUUGGGAUGGUGGGGAGGAAAUCCACCUGA